AUGUGGCCCAAUAUUACUGCAGCCCCUUUUUUGCUGACUGGUUUUCCAGGGCUGGAGGCAGCUCAUCACUGGAUCUCCAUCCCCUUCUUUGCUGUUUAUGUGUGCAUCCUUCUGGGCAAUGGCAUGCUCCUCUACCUCAUCAAGCAUGACCACAGUCUUCAUGAGCCCAUGUACUACUUCCUCACCAUGCUGGCAGGCACAGACCUCAUGGUGACAUUGACCACGAUGCCUACUGUAAUGGGCAUCCUAUGGGUGAAUCACAGGGAGAUUAGCAGUGUGGGCUGCUUCCUGCAGGCUUACUUUAUUCACUCCCUUUCUGUUGUGGAAUCAGGUUCCCUCCUGGCAAUGGCAUAUGAUCGUUUCAUUGCCAUCCGCAAUCCUUUGAGAUAUGCUUCCAUUCUCACCAAUACUAGAGUCAUAGCGUUAGGAGUGGGAGUGUUUCUAAGGGGUUUUGUAUCCAUCCUGCCUGUAAUUUUGCAUCUUUUUUCAUUUUCAUAUUGCAAAUCUCAUGUUAUCACACGUGCUUUCUGCCUCCACCAAGAAAUCAUGAGACUGGCUUGUGCUGACAUAACUUUCAAUAGACUUUACCCUGUAAUUUUGAUCUCUUUAACAAUCUUCCUAGACUCUCUGAUCAUCCUCUUCUCCUAUAUUCUAAUUCUUAAUACUGUCAUAGGCAUUGCCUCUGGUGAAGAGAGAGCCAAAGCCCUCAAUACCUGUAUCUCCCACAUUAGUUGUGUUCUUAUCUUCUAUGUUACGGUGAUGGGUUUGACAUUCAUUUACAGAUUUGGGAAGAAUGUGCCAGAGGUUGUCCACAUUAUCAUGAGUUACAUCUACUUCCUCUUUCCUCCUUUAAUGAACCCUGUCAUCUACAGCAUCAAAACCAAGCAAAUACAAUAUGGCAUUAUCCGCCUUUUAUCUAAACACAGGUUUAGUAGUUAAACUCGGAUCUGGAGAAUCAGACACAGAUAUAAAAAUGAAGCCAGAAUGAAAAAUGAAAGCCUGGAGUUCUUUCUUAGCAAAGAGCAAGGAUAUAUUGGAAGACAAUGUUGUCACUCACAAGGACUUAAGUACUUUACCAUAGGG